UUCAUAGAUGAAAAUUUCCUUCAGCACUGUGUCACAGGUCAGUAUAACUACAGAAACACAGACACACGUGGAAGGCAUCUCUUAAAACAACACGCGUUAUUAGGAUACAGGCACAACACAGCAUAUCUCUACAGAAGUCAUCCUAAUAAAUCUGCACGUUAGUUGCAGUAAGUGGUUCCCACCAUUGAAAAACAAUGCAGGCCCAGGAUCUGAUCCGGCACCUGCGGAUGCUUGAGCUGGAUGACGUGAGACAAUAUGUGCGGAGUAUUCCCACCAACACUCUCAUGGGCAUGGGCGCCUUCGCUGCCAUCACCACCUACUGGCUGGCCACCCGCCCCAAAGCCCUCAAACCACCCUGUGACCUCAGCAUGCAGUCCGUGGAGAUACCAGGUGGUGAAUAUGCUCGGUGUUCUAUUCUACUAGACUGUGAUACAUACAUGGCAUACUACUAUGAUGAUGCUCGGACAAUGUAUGAGUUUUUCUUACGAGGACUAAGAGUGUCCAAAAAUGGGCCAUGUCUAGGGUCACGAAAACCGAACCAGCCAUAUAAAUGGCUCUCAUAUAAAGAGGUGGCAGACAGGGCAGAGUUCGCAGGUUCAGCAUUGCUUCAUAGGGGUCACAGCCAGUCAGGAGACAAAUAUAUUGGCAUCUUUGCACAGAACAGACCAGAGUGGACAAUUUCAGAGCUGGCAUGUUAUACAUAUUCACUGGUGGCAGUUCCACUAUAUGAUACACUGGGCACGGAGGCCAUCAGUUACAUCAUUGACAAAGCCACCAUCUCCACGGUGAUCUGUGAUAUCGCGGAUAAAGCUCGUCUAAUCCUGGACUGUGUGUCUGGACGGAAGCACAGCAUCUCGACCGUUGUGAUCAUGGAGGACUUUAACAGCGAGCUGAUUGCACUGGCACAACAGAACGGCAUUGAGAUUGUGAGCCUUAAAGAACUGGAGGCUAUUGGUAAAGCCAACUACAAGAUGCCCAUUCCUCCUAAACCAGAGGACCUGGCUCUAAUUUGCUUCACCAGUGGAACUACAGGAAAUCCAAAGGGAGCAAUGCUCACACAUGGAAAUGUUGUUUCCAAUUGUGCUGCUUUCAUGAAAGUAACAGAGGUACAUUGCAUGCUUAACCAGACAGACAUUCAGAUUUCUUACCUACCACUUGCACACAUGUUUGAAAGAGUGGUUGAGGGAGUGCUUCUGGUCAAUGGGGCCAGGAUAGGAUAUUUUCAGGGUGAUAUUCGUCAGCUGAUGGAUGAUUUGAAGACUCUUAAGCCCACUGUGUUUCCUGUAGUGCCCAGACUACUGAACCGAAUGUUUGACAAGAUCUUCGGACAGGCGAACACUCCUCUUAAAAGGUGGCUGCUGGAUUUUGCCACCAGCAGGAAAGAGGCGGAGUUGAGGAGUGGUGUUGUGAGGAAGGACAGCAUGUGGGAUAAACUCAUCUUCAGCAAAGUGCAGGCCAGUCUGGGUGGGCGCGUGAGGCUAAUGAUCACAGGAGCUGCUCCAGUCUCUCCCACUGUACUCACCUUCCUGCGAGCAGCAUUGGGCUGCCAGUUUUAUGAGGGUUAUGGGCAGACAGAGUGUACCGCAGGCUGCUCUAUGUCACUUCCUGGAGACUGGACAGCAGGUCAUGUGGGAGCGCCGCUGCCCUGCAACUUUGUUAAGCUCAUGGAUGUGGCUGAAAUGAAUUAUUUUGCAGCCAAUGGAGAGGGAGAGGUUUGUGUGAAAGGAUCAAACGUAUUUCAAGGUUAUCUGAAGGACCCAGAGAGAACUGCAGAGGCCUUAGGUAAAGACGGCUGGCUGCACACUGGAGACAUCGGCAAAUGGCUUCCGAAUGGGACUUUGAAGAUCAUAGACAGGAAAAAACACAUCUUUAAGCUGGCUCAGGGUGAAUACAUCGCUCCUGAGAAGAUUGAGAACAUCUAUAUCCACAGUGACCCUGUUGCACAGAUCUUUGUACAUGGAGACAGUCUACAGGCAUGUUUGGUGGGUAUUGUGGUACCUGAUCCAGAUUUUCUGCCAGGAUGGGCAAAGAAAAGAGGGAUUGAGGGCUCCUACGUCGAAAUGUGCAAGAACAAGGAACUGAAAAAUGCCAUUCUGGAGGAUAUUAUUCGACUAGGGAAAGAAGCCGGACUGAAGUCUUUUGAACAGGUGAGAGACAUUGCGCUGCACACGGAGAUGUUCUCUGUCCAGAACGGACUCCUCACGCCAACACUGAAAGCUAAGAGAGCAGAGCUGAGGAGCCACUUCAGAGAGCAAAUCGACCAACUCUAUGCCAAAAUCAAAAUGUGAACAACGAGAGAACGAGGCACCUCGUCUACACUGAGUCUGAGCGACGUGAUACAACAAAACUAAAAAUAAUAAACUCACACACUUGCAGUGUAGACAGCUUUGUUGAUUAUAAGUGGAGCAGUCAAGUUUUGUUGCUUUGUUAUAUCACUCACUUAUAACGUAGGCACGGUGAGAGAGGGGAAGGACCACUGCAGAUAUUCUUGGAUUCUCCUAAGGCUAAAGUGAGACUAUUGCACUCACAAUGAAGCCCACUUGAAGUCCUAAAGUGCAAUUAUGACUUUCUUCACUUGGGGGUGCCACAGUUGACUCUCAGAAACACUAUCCCAUCAGCAAAGCACAUACCAAACAUUUCAUGUGCCCUACAAAUGUUCUAUGAUUACAAUUAGGCAAGCCAAAACACAAGUAUACCAACCCAAUGCCUUAGGCCAGUGAAUGCCUUCUAUCUAACAAACAUACUGUACCUAGAGCACAUCCUCAAGCCUGAUUUUAGUUGUGUAAAAUCAAACGAAAGACUGAUUCCAAAAGUGCUUUUACACAGACAUUUACAUUAAAAUCUAUUCAUAUACUAAGUGGUUUCAAUUCUACAUAAUUUAGCCCUAAAUAAAAGGUUCUGUAAAGUGACAUCUAACAUAAAUAUCUUGAUUGCUAGGCACAAGUCUGGUAAAUGUUUGUAAAAUUUCAGACUCUUUACAAAGUUGAUCCACCCUAUCAUAUUUCCUAAAUGGACUUUACUGAUUUCGACAGCGGUAUAACACAAUGAAUAAAUUAUUUCCUCUGGAAUUUAUGACUUGUUGUCGAUGCUGAAAUUCCACUGAUAGCACUUUGAUAUCUCGUUACAUCUCAACAGUGCCUCUCUCCUAGAGAGUAAUGCUUGUAUAUAGGUUAUCUAUUUAUGUUUUUAAAUGUUUGAGUUCAGAUUAAUGUAAAUUAAAAUUGUGUAAAUUGUUCUUUGUAGCAUGCAAGUGUAAUAAAACAAAUAAAAUUAUGACAUUGUAUUUCAACCAUGUGGGUUUAUAUAA